CAUCUUCUAUCUGUUACCAACGACGAAACCCGUUCGACACGCUCAGCUCUUCUCGUUUUCUUUCCGGAUUAGUAGUUGCAACUGCAAAUCAUAUGAUCGUGAAGGAGGAGGUUAUGGUUCGCACGAGAGAUGCACGAGAGACGCUACGCUGAUCAAUAGCGCGAGAUUCGGUCCGCAAAAUAAAUUGUGUGUGCAACAAUUCUCUGAUUAAAGUCUUGAAAAGUUCCAUGAGGAUUAAUCCUUUCACGACGGAUCUGUCAGAUGGAAGGGCCGGACGAUGAGAAAGAAAAUAAAAAAAAUGUAUUUUUAAACAACAACAACAACAACAGGAGAUCUAAGUCACCGAACGCCAUCGAUACCUUACUGUCCUUGGACGAUACAUUACUGUGCAAUGUAGAAGCUGAGAGCGGACUGCACACUUCAUUCAGGAAAUUCUCUCAGGAGUACGACAGCUGCUCGGCAUCAGAGGAGGAAUGGACGGCGCGGCGGAGUACAGCUGUGAAAAUUGCUCCAAUAAACAACAUGUCAAAAUCACGAAGUGUGUCACCCAACGAGUGGCUGGAUAGAUCUCUGAUGAAUCAAGUAUUCGCUCAAUUCGACUCGCAGAACGAGGAGAACAUAUUUGUAAAUAAUUGUGAUAAUAAUAUUAGUAAUUUUAAUAUAUUCGAUACAUUCUGCAAAGACGACGCGCUCAAUCGUUCCGAAUCGCACAAUGUCAAGCCGCUAUCUGAAUCCAAUCAAAAUGUUGAGAGAACGACAUCAGACAACAACAGCAAAUUACACGAAGACAAAUCGUUUACGAAUAUACCGUGUUUGUCUAUCACGAACUUUGGGGAUGAUAUCCUGAUGGGUAACAGCGAAGACGAUAACAGAGAAAAUAACAAAUCGCCUGUUUUGACAGGCAAAUGCAAAUCCGCAACGAGAUGUAAAAUCCCGAAGAAAAGACUGCGUUUAAUCGACUCCCCGUCUAAAAAAACGGAAGAAAAUAAGGAAACAACUUCUUCAGAAUCUUCUUCAUCCGCAUUUUACGGCUUGUCGGAUGCUGUGAAAAAAUUGAUUCAGGAAACUAAGGGAAUUCGUUAUCUAUAUCAAUGGCAAGACGAAUGUUUGAAGCUGGCCACCCUCACGAAAAAGAAUUUAAUUUAUGCUCUGCCAACGAGCGGCGGCAAAACUCUAGUCGCGGAGAUCUUGAUGUACAGAGAGAUAAUGUGCAACAAGAAAAAUGCGAUUUUUAUACUUCCAUACGUGGCACUGGUGCAGGAGAAAGUUCAAUCAAUGGCUGUAUUGGCAUUAAAAUUGGGAUUUUUAGUCGAAGAAUACGCCGGUGCGAAAGGGCGUUAUCCACCGAUCAAACGACGGCGAAAACACAGCAUCUACAUAUGCACUAUAGAGAAAGCUGUGGGUCUUGCAAAUAGUUUGAUAGAAACAAAACGUUUGGCCGAAAUUGGCAUCAUCGUUGUUGACGAGUUACACUUGCUCGGAGAGUCUGGUGGGAGAGGUGCUACUUUGGAAGGACUUCUUACAAAGAUAAUGUUUUUCAGUGAUACAAUUCGUGUGAUCGGAAUGAGUGCAACCAUAGGUAAUUUAAAAGAAAUCGCGCAAUUUUUGAACGCAGACACGUACACCCAAAAUUUUCGACCAGUUCAGAUAACAGAAUACGUGAAAUGCGAGAAUCACAUUUGGGUAGUCGAUUUGAAUAGCGAGGAAUUGUUGGUGGAUAUGAACAGCAAAGACUACAAUUAUUCAGAGGACAUAGCAAUAAUAGAUCCAGAUAGAAUUGGCGGUUUGGUAAUGGAAGUAGCGCCGGACGAUUCGUGUCUCAUAUUUUGUUCAAGUCGUAAAAACUGCGAAAAUGUGGCUCUAUUAUUGGCCAAAGUUCUGCCUAAGAGUUUGCUUAAUUACAAGGUAAAUGAAAAAGAAACUUUAUUAAAUGCGCUCACGGCCGAGGAGGGACUGUGUCCUAUCUUACGAAAGACUAUCAAGUUCGGCGUAGCUUAUCAUCAUUCGGGUCUCACAUCCGAGGAACGGCGUUUGCUGGAAGACGCUUUCAGAGAAAGUACUCUGUGCGUGAUAUGUUGCACUUCAACUUUAGCCGCUGGUGUCAAUUUGCCGGCAAGAAGGGUAAUACUACGUAGUCCUUAUGUUGGUAAUCAGUUCUUAAAUUUAAGUAGAUACAAACAAAUGAUCGGUCGCGCUGGUCGCGCGGGUAUGGGAGUUUUAGGAGAGAGUAUACUUAUCUGCAAAACUUCCGAGAUCAAAAAGGUGAAAGAUCUACUGAUAUCGCAAAUGGACGAUUCAUUAAGUAGUUUGCAUAUAGAAAAAGACAGGGGGCUCAACAAUUUGAUCCUAAGUGCAAUACAAUUAAACAUAGCUGCGACCAGAUCGGAGUUACAUAAAUUGACAGCUGCAACUCUGCUUAAUAUUCAACAAACUAGAAUAGACGUUGAUCUAAAGACAAUUACGGACACAACGAUAACGGCGUUAUUGAAAUGCGGCGUGAUUAAAGUUAAAAGUCCAGGUCCGUCUACCAGCGAUCGUAAUGUAACUGUUGUAAUUCCAUCUCAGAAUCCAGAGCGUGCAGAAAAUCCUUUAUCGGUCAGACAAGGAGUAAAAACGAUCAAGUUUACAAAAGAAACUGAAUUUCAGCUUUGUGACUUGGGAAAAGCUGCAAUGAAAGGACCGAUCGACUUAAACAUCGCAUACACACUGUACGAAGAUUUGAAAACAGCUCAGAAACAUUUGAUCUUAAUGGAUCAUCUCCACCUCUUGUAUCUUGUGACACCUUACGACACUGCAUCUCAAAUUACCCCCAUUGGCAGUAUCUACUAUGAUGUGAUAUUGUCCUUAACCGAAAGUCAAAUGCAAAUUGCCAGACUUCUCGGAAUAACGGAAGCUAUAGCGAAUAAAUUACGUGAUGGUAUGAUGCCCAAGUCUGUUGAGAAGAGAGUAAUUCACAGAUUUUACGUGACAUUAAUAAUACACGAAUUGUGGAAUCAUCAUUCAGUAUAUUUUGUUGCUGAGAAGUAUCAAGUUAACAGAGGUGUUGUACAAAGUCUUUUAAACGCGGCCUCAUCAUUUGCCUCCUCUAUAGUGAGAUUUUGCCAAGAAUUACCCGAAUUCUGGGCAUUUACAGAGAUGUUAAGCGUGUUCAGUAAAAAAUUAUCGUACUGUUGUCCAUCAGAAUUGGAAACAUUGAUGGAACUGCCGUCCGUUAAAAUAGGUAGAGCCCGUCAACUAUACAAAGCUGGCUAUAAAACUUUACAAUCUAUAGCAAAAGCCAAUCCAAAAGAAAUAAAAGAAAAAAUUCCAUACUUAACUAACAAAAUGGUUGGACAAAUUAUUGCCGCAGCAAAACUUUUAAUAUUGCAACGAGCAGAAGACUUAAAAGAUGAAUGUGAAGAUGUUCUCGACGGUAUAAAUUUCAGUCAAUUAGAAGCAAAUUUGUAAAUUUCCAUACAUUUUUAAAUGGUUAAAAAUGUUUUUUUUUUAUCUUUUAUAAAAAAUUAUGUGUGUAUCUUUUCUAAAAAAAAUUGUAUAUAUAUGAAUUACAUCACUUUGUUUAUCACUUUGUUUGUUAUCUAUAAGUUAAAUGAUCUAAGUUUAUACAAUCGAGAAUUAAGAAAAUUGUUAUUUUUUUAAAAUAAAUAGUUCUGUAUUUUUUCCUAAAUUAUUUUAUUCUUUCUUUCUCUCAUACACACAAAUUAUUGCUAAACAUAUCUCACAAGAAGUGUGUUUACAACUUGUGUCUUAUGGAGCAAUGUGUUUUAAAGAAUGACACAUUGUUUAAGCAGACACAAAGAUUAAGUAUCCAAAAGUAACGUUUGAUAUUUCCUCAAAGAUUGGCAAUAUCAAAUAAUAAAGCGGAAUACAAAUGCAUUAUAACAAUUCAUAGAAUAAAUCUGCAUUACAUUAAAAAAAAAUACAACACUAUUAAAACGAAGUGUUAAAAUAAAUAGUAAACAAAACCGUGUUGUUUCUA